UAAUACAAAAGAACGGGGACGGAGGGAGUAUAUAAUAAUAAGAAUCUCGACUCCGGGGAGGAGUUCGUACACUCUAUGAUGAAGUUAAGCUCGUUUGAAAAGAACUUUAAAAUCAUUUUUAAGUUUGAUUCGGCUGUCGUUUUCAAAACAAAUCAAAACGUUUAUAUGUGUUUUGGCUCAUCUACGACCUUAUGACCAUAGCCUCACUGUUGCUAACAUGCAGCCCCUUACGUAUUCAUGGCAUGUGUAUUCAAAUGUUCUUGAGACCGACUAAUUGGUAGAUGAAUCGAAUAAGAUGUAAGCUAUAGUACAACGUGAGACUGCCAUGCCCAUAUUUGCAAGUCCAAUUGGUCGGGCCCUGUAUUACAUAUUGAUAUGUUGUAAAAUGUGUUGAACAGAUCUAAGUUUUAUUGGCCGAGUAUGUAUGGUAUAUAUAUAAUCGUACUCGUACUGGAGACCAGUUUGAGUUGUUGCCAAUUAAAUCGGUAUUGGCUUGGAUAUGAAUUCUGUAAAUCCACAGCUUCAUGUGUUUAUCAUAUCCUCAUGUCAUGGACAAGCUGUCAUGGCAACCCUGAGGAGGUUAGCAGUUUAACAAUAAAGAACAUGCAAUAAAUUCUUCCCAUUACAUACCUGAACUACCACCGCGAUAUUCACAAGGAAGAGCACUGCAAAAAGAGAUAGCCCCCAGCUUUUUAGCCAUAAAAACACCGACACAAACUCCCUUAACACUUUAAGGCGAAACAGAAAACUGAGAGGAAACAGGGGCAUUUAUCCGAAUGGAUCAAUUCAAACCAACCCCUGCCAAUUCAUGUCCUCUCACUCCCCUCACCUUCCUCGAAAGAGCCGCCACGGUGUUCGGUGACAGUCCUUCCCUGGUUUAUAAUCACACGAGCUUCACAUGGUCGGAGACUCAUGGAAGAUGCAUUAGGCUCGCGUCUUCUAUAGUAUCCCUCGGGAUACAGAGGAGCCAAGUCGUGACCGUCUUGGCUCCUAACAUCCCGGCCAUGUACGAGCUUCAAUUUGCCGUACCCAUGGCCGGGGCUGUCAUAAACAAUCUCAAUACUCGAUUGGAUGCGCACAGUAUAGCGGUUAUCCUUUGUCAUGCUGAAUCGAAGCUUGUAUUUGUUUGUGCACAAUAUUCUCGUGUACUUUUACAAGCAAUUUCUAUGUUACCACCUCAUGUAGCACGUCCGAUCCUUGUUUUUAUCAAUGCGGGUGAUAAUGUGCUAGCAGCGCCGCGUGAUUUAAAUGAGUUUCGGUGUAGUCAUGAGGACAUGGUGGAGAGGGGUGAUCCUGGAUUUAGGUGGAUCCGACCGGAGAAUGAGUGGGAGCCCAUGACAUUGAAUUACACUUCAGGAACAACAUCUUCUCCCAAAGGUGUAGUCCAUUCCCACCGGUCUAUUUUCAUCAUCACGGUCGACUCGUUAUUAGACUGGUCGGUUCCCAAACAGCCGGUGUACUUAUGGACCCUCCCUAUGUUUCACUCAAACGGGUGGAGUUUCACCUGGGGAAUGGCUGCGGUGGGGGGCACCAACAUCUGUCUUCGACGAUUCGAUGCCCCCCUCAUUCACGCAGCCAUUCCGAAACACGGCGUGACCCACAUGUGUGGCGCGCCUGUUGUGCUCAACAUGCUCUGCAACCAUGCUAGCGCGAAAAAAUUGAAAAACCCGGUUCAUUUCCUGACAGGAGGAGCUCCGCCGCCUGCAGCCGUGCUGCUACGGACGGAAGCCUUGGGGUUCGUCGUGAGCCACGGCUUUGGAAUGACGGAGGUAGGCGGGGUUGUGGUGUCGUGUGCGUGGAAGCGGAAGUGGAAUGCGUUACCUGCAUUAGAAAGGGCUAGACUAAAGGCAAGACAAGGGGUGAGGACGAUCGGAAUGACUGAAGUCAAUGUAGUGGAUCCCAAUUCAGGAAUCAUUGUUAAACCAGAUGGCUUAACUCAAGGUGAGAUUGUGCUCCGGGGCGGGUGUUUGAUGUUGGGUUAUUUAAAAGACCCGGAAGGGACAGCCAAGUGCAUGAAAAAAGAUGGAUGGCUUUACACAGGAGAUGUAGGGGUAAUGCACCCUGAUGGGUAUUUAGAAAUAAAAGAUAGGUCCAAGGAUGUGAUCAUAAGUGGUGGGGAAAAUGUGAGCAGUGUCGAAGUCGAAUCCGUUUUGUAUUUGAAUCCGGUUGUCAAUGAGGCCGCAGUGGUGGCCAGACCGGAUGAAUUCUGGGGCGAGACACCGUGUGCAUUCGUGAGUUUAAAGGAUGCUGCUGGACUGAUUCAGAAGGCAAACGAGAAGGAAAUUAUGGAGUUCUGCAGGGACAGGUUGCCGCAUUAUAUGGUUCCGAAAACAGUUGUUUUUAUGGGGGAAUUGCCUAAGAAUUCUACAGGAAAAAUUCAGAAAUUCUCACUUCGAGAUAUUGCAAAGUCCUUGGGUACUUCUCCGUCGAGUCGCCUAUGAUAGUAUUGCAGUCAGGUUGCAGCUGAACUAGUUAAAGUUUGAAUUAAAAGCUUACAGAAUUAAUGUUGCAUAGUACGAAGAUUAAGUGGCACACACAUUGUGGGCAAUAUGGGUUGUUGCAGGUGUACUCUGUAUAGGGUUUAAUACAGGAAUUGACAGCUGUUGGUACCGUUCUCUAUUUGAUUCAGAUCCAUUUUACUAAUCUCUUGUGUGUUUAGU